AUGGAGGCGACCGCCGCGAGCCGCGCCGAGGUCGACACCUCACGGCCGUUCCAGUCGGUCCGGCAGGCCGUCGAGGUCUUCGGCGAGCGGUACGCCGGUGGUGGCAGCGGCAGCUCCAACGCGAGCAGUGAGUCCAGCGUCAAGCUUAGCGCGCCUCCAGCGGCCUCGUCCAUGGCGCUGGAGCUGGACUACCUGAAGAAGCUGGAGGAAGACUUGGCGGAGGCCAAGGGAGAGCUGGUGGAGCUGAGGCAGAGGCAGGCCCAAAUGGAGGUGGCCGUGUCCAGCCUCAGCGUGCAGUUCAGCAAGGGCCUGGCCGUCUUCUCCGGCCUCAGCAAGGGUAAGGAGGUGGCCGUCGUCAGCGCACCGGCGGCCAUCGGACAGGAAGAAUACAACGGCCAUGGCCGUGUCCGCAGCGACAGGUGGGACGAGAGCCGGGCCGAGGAGUGGAUGGCGAGCCUGGAGUACCUGCCGAGCCUGUCGGAGGCGCUGGCCAUCAAGAUGAUCGAGGAUGACCUGGGAGACAGGAAGGAGAGGAAGGCGAAGAGCAGCAAGAGCAAGCCUGCAACCAGGAAGAAGCACAAGAAGCAGAGGAGUGGGAUCUCGUUGGUUGGGGGCAUGCUCUUCUCCAAGAAAGCCAAGUCCAGGUGA